AUGGGGUUGAUGGGGAGUGGAAAGUUUGGAAGGUGUGAUUUUGUUGGGGUUGUUGUGUUGGUGGUCUUGGUGGGGUCAGUGAGUGGGAUUGGUGUGAAUUGGGGGACACGGUCAACACACCCUUUGUCUCCUUCGAAGGUGGUGAAGAUGCUGAAGGACAAUGGCAUUCAGAAGGUGAAGCUUUUUGAUGCUGAUCCUGGCAUCUUGGAUGCUCUCAAGAAGUCUGGGAUACAGGUCAUGGUGGGAAUUCCCAAUGACAUGCUUUAUACCCUUGCUAACAGUGUUGAAGCAGCUGAAAAAUGGGUUUCCAAGAAUGUUUCCAAACAUGUAUCUUCUGGAGGAGUGGAUAUCAGGUAUGUUGCAGUGGGGAAUGAACCAUUCUUGUCAACAUACAAUGGCAGCUACGAAACCACGACGCUUCCAGCACUCCAAAACAUUCAGGCAGCUCUCACAAAGUCCGGUUUGAGCAACCGUGUCAAGGUCACAGUCCCCCUAAACGCUGACGUGUACCAAAGCUCUUCAGAAAAGCCAUCAGAUGGCGGUUUCAGACCGGAUAUCAACCCUGUUAUGCUACAGAUUGUCAAGUUCUUGAAUGACAAUGGCGCACCCUUCACAGUGAACAUCUACCCUUUCAUCAGCCUCUACUCGGACCCCAAUUUCCCUGUUGACUAUGCAUUCUUUAACGGCUACCAGCCCGCCAUAAAUGACAAUGGAAGAACCUAUGACAAUGUGUUUGAUGCUAACCAUGACACUCUAGUGUGGGCACUGCAGAAGAAUGGCUUUGGAAACUUGCCCAUAAUUGUGGGGGAAAUCGGGUGGCCUACAGAUGGAGACAGAAAUGCAAACCUUCAAUAUGCACAACGUUUCAACCAAGGUUUCAUGUCAAAAUACAUGUCUGGAAAAGGGACCCCAAUGAGGCCUAGUCCUGUAGAUGCUUAUUUGUUUAGUCUCAUAGAUGAAGAUGCCAAAAGCAUUCAGCCAGGGAAUUUUGAGCGUCACUGGGGGAUGUUUUACUUGGAUGGACAACCAAAAUACCAACUUAAUCUUGGGUCAACACGAGGCAAUGGGUUAGUAGGUGCCAAUGGGGUUGAUCACUUGGCUAAAAAGUGGUGUGUUUUGAAACCUUCCGCAAACCUUAAUGAUGACCAAGUGGCACCUAGUGUGGCCUAUGCUUGUCAAAAUGCUGAUUGCACCAGUCUUGGGUAUGGAACUUCAUGUGGCAAUUUAGAUGUGCAUGGUAACAUAUCUUAUGCGUUUAAUAGCUACUACCAGGUAAAUGACCAGAUGGACAGUGCCUGCAAAUUCCCUGGCCUUUCUAUGAUCACUGACAAGGAUCCAUCUGUGGGAGAUUGCAAGUUCAGAAUCAUGAUCCAGACAGAUUCUGCAGGGCUACAUGGAAAAGUUGGAUCUCUAACUACAGUGCUGUUAUCUUUUGUACUUUUGCUAUAUUGUAAUCUUUGGUUUUGA